CUAUCAGCAACAGAUAGCGGGAUUUGACAGACUAUAGAGAGAUACACACAGUACAACUGCUCAUCUUGUGCGUUCAUAACUUGCUUUGUCUUCUGUUUUAUUUCAUUGUUCGUCAGCUGCUUAGUGUUUUCUUCGUGCCUGCUGAAGAUGGGAGAAAUAAAACCAUUGUCGUGUUUGGUGGUGGCUGCACUUUUAUCAACAGCAGUGGGCACAGGCUUACCGCCUGACGUAGUCACUCUACGUCAUUCCUACGUGGCUGCUGAGGACACUCCUCCAGGCUCGGUCCUCUUCAUCUUCACGGCCAGGUACAACGAUAACCAUAGAGCUGUGACCGUUACAGCUGAGUACAAUCGUUACAUCAUAGUACAAAGCAUCACUCCAUCACAAGGCGUGUGGAAUGUCAUACUGAACAGAACUCUGGAUAGAGAGGAUGUGGACAGAAUUCCGCUGACCUUUACCCUUUACGGAGAUUUUGUGCUCGAAGUUCACUCCAUGCUGCUGGUUACUGAUGUCAACGACAACCCUCCAAAAUUUGACAGAAGUGUAUACACUGCUGACGUCAAUAAGAACACGUCUGUGGGGACAAUUGUCUUCAAUGACAUCCACACAACAGACCCGGACACGGGAACAGGGGGCGUGGUUUUCUAUCAAAUGGUGCCUGUGGGUUCAGAUACCCAUGACAUAUUUGUCAUCAACUCUACUUCCGGAAGUGUUAUACUGAAUCAAUCACUGGACUUCCAGACAACAAACUCAUUUCAUUAUCUUGUCACAGCAACAGACGGCGGUGGUCUCCGUUCACAUGCAGAUCUCUACUUUGCCAUUCUGGGUGUAAAGAACACUCUUCCAUCAUACACCGUUCUUGCCCAGAAUAGCACCACAAUGGAUCGCCCUCCUGUUUUCCGGAGAAUCAAGUGCGAAACCAUGUUGCCUGAGAACGGACUUUCUUUUUACCAACCUUUACGACUGGAGGCAACUCAUGGAGAUAAACCGCAGUCGUACUACGACAGAAUUACCUACAGCCUCUCAUCGUCCUCUAGUCCUCCUGGACUUGCCGGUCACUUUCAUGUCGACCCAUUUACUGGUGACCUUACAGUCGUCCAGGCACUGGACUUCGAUAAUAUCGCAUUCAGUGGACAACCAGGGGUCAUCACCCUCACAGUUGUGGCCAAGGAUCAUGGACCUGUAUCUCUGAGUUCAACAAAGGACAUUACCGUUACCCUCGUGGACAUCAACGACCACACCCCGCAGUUCCAGGCUAUGGAAUAUGUGGCAGAUGUCCCUGAAGACAUCUCAAUAGGCUCCAAGUUGAUCGCAGUCCACGCACAAGACGGCGACGGUGGCGCCCCCAACAACCACGUGUUCUACUUCCUGGAGACUGGUGGCCUGGACCAGUUCGCAAUCGAUCACGUGACUGGAAUCAUCACGGUUGUCGGCAAGUUAGACCACGAGAGUGUAGCCAACUACUCUCUUCGAAUCAUGGCGAGAGACCAGGGCGCCGACCCCCGUUACAGUUACUGCACCGUCCACGUGACAGUUUCAGACGUUAACGACGAGCCGCCAAGGUUUAGAGAAAAGCACGUGACCACUGAAGUCAGUGAUGGCGCGUUUCCAUUCACUUUUAACAUGAGCGCUGUCGACUUGGACCUGAACAGUCAUUUGAAGUACUCCAUCUUGUGGAAUGACAGUUACGGUGUCUUUGCCUCACUUGACAUCAUACGUGGCGGAGACCUGGCACAAUGGCUUGACAUUGAGAGCGAACACGGGAUGAUAUACCAAAAAAGGGUUUUCAACAGUAGUCAUUUGACAAGGUUUGUUUUGACCUUGCUAGUACAAGAUGUGAACGCCCCCGACCCAAAUCUUCAGCAGGACACAGCCAUUUUAAGAAUCAAUGUAAGAGAGACCAUCAGAACUCGCCGGUCGGCGGACGUGAGCGACAUCAGCAACACUUUGCACAUCUCCAACAAAGGUUGGAAGAAGUGGGACACAGCAGUUGCUUUCUCAGCUGGUCUGACUCACUUCUUGAAAGUAAAAGAAGCCCAGCGGGUUGUGUACAACAAAGUCUUCAUCAAUGAUGGCAGUGGUUACAGCAACACGACUGGUACAUUUACCUGUCCUCAGAGCGGUAAAUACGUGUUUGAAGUUCACACGUUCGCUCCCCGCAACAGCAGCGUAUGGCUGUCGCUGUAUCACCAGGUCACCAGGGUCACGACACUCAAGGUGCACGCGGGAAAGGACUCUAAGGCGGAGAGUGUGACUGCUGUGCUGCAGCUGCUGCAGGGCGAUGAAGUGUACGUGAUGUCCUCACCUGGUCACAGCAGCCGACUGUUUGGUGCUCCAGACGCCAUCUUGAACACCUUCAGCGGUUAUCUCCUGUCACCAGCCUCCGAGUAGCCUCCUGCUGUCCGGUCCACCAGCCCACACUCACCUGUUGAUGUGGACACACAGGCCUUGUUUAUUUUAACGCCUGACACCCUUCAGUUUAGAUUUUGACUAAAGUACAGUCAUAAAGGCAAAAUAAAAAAAUGUUGAUGCUA